AGUUUGAUGUGAAACUGAUGUAGCUCUAAGAUGAAUUUGCAUGAGACAGAUUACAGAUCGUCUUCGUGCAAGGAUAACGGCGGUGCUGUUACGGCAGUAUUUGGCAGCCUUACAUCUAUUCUUCUUAUUCUUCAGUUGAUUAUGAAUGUUUCGAACAGUAACAACAAUAGAAAAAAUGAGAAUAACAACAACAACAACAAUAAUAACAACAACAAUGUGAACUCUCAGACGAAUGUGUUUAUGAAUAUGUUUAUGAACAUGGUGACCGCUACAGGAAUGAGUCCUGGAAAGCGUUCAUUUUUAAGCCAGGAGGAGCCCCGGGUGCCAAACCAAAUCUGUUGGAUAUUUAUUCAGAACUUUAUGGAUACAAUAAAUGAAUCAUCUUUCUAAACAAUCUGUAACAAAUACCUUACUCCAA